AUUAUUGGCGGCAGUAACGCUGCCUUCGGCAAAUUUCCGUAUCAAGCGUCAUUGAGAUUAAACGGAUUGCAUAUAUGCGGUGGAUCUAUCCUUGAUAAUCUUAAUGUAUUAACUGCAGCAAGUUGUGUUCUCAGAUCAAAACCGGACGUUAGAUGUUCACCGGACGAAUUAACGGUUCACGUUGGCUCAAACUUAUUAAACGAAUCAGUAUUUGUUUAUGACGUAGCCAAUGUUAGGAUUCACCAAAAUUACGAUGAUUAUUUUCUCAUUAAUGACAUCGCCUUGGUUCAUCUUAAAAGUCCUAUCAAAUAUUUCAAGUUAGUGCAACCGAUAAAUCUUACGAAAUCCGAUGAAAUUUCUGAAGGCCUGCAGUGCACGUUAACCGGAUGGGGAAGUAUAUAUGAUGGUGGAAAUAUGUCGAACAGCUUGCGAAAAAUUGAUUUGGUAGUCGAAUCGCAGAAAAAAUGCGAGGAAACAUAUUGGAAAGUGACAAAUAGUCAUAUCUGCACACUGAACGCUGUCCCUAACACCAUCGAUGGGCCAUGCGACGUAAGUCAUCGAUUCUUAAUAUCAUAAAACGCAUUAAGGUAG